CUCGUGACUUGCCUCAGCUGUUUCACUUCAUUUUUACGCUCCUGUAAAUGCAGCACGAUUGAACAGUCAACAUGAUGAUCGUUUCUCUUGUGCUUUUUGCGGCGUCGGUAACUUCAGCUUUUGGCCUGUCUGAGAAAGACGAGUUUCACUUCAAGUCAUGGAUGGCACAGUACAACAAAGCGUACGACUUGAAGGAGUACUACCAAAGACUGCAGAUAUUCACAGAGAACAAGAAGAGGAUUGACAAACACAAUGAAGGAAAUCACUCCUUCACAAUGGCACUGAACCAGUUUUCAGACAUGACAUUCGGUGAAUUUCAAAAGUCCUUCCUCAUGUCUGAGCCUCAGAACUGCUCUGCCACCAAAGGGAACUACUUCAGCAGCAAUGGACCACGUCCAGACUCCAUUGACUGGAGAAACAAAGGGAAUUAUGUGACACCAGUGAAGAAUCAGGGAGGUUGUGGUAGCUGCUGGACGUUUUCCACAACUGGCUGUUUGGAGUCUGUAACUGCCAUCAACAAGGGGAAGCUUGUACCACUGUCAGAACAACAGCUGGUAGACUGUGCCCAGAAUUUCAACAACCAUGGAUGCAAUGGAGGUCUUCCCAGUCAAGCAUUUGAAUACAUCAUGUACAGCAAGGGACUGAUGACCGAGCAGGACUAUCCAUACACAGCUUUUGAAGGUGAUUGCGUGUAUAAACCAGAACUGGCCGCUGCUUUUGUGAAUAACGUGGUGAACAUAACAGCAUACAAUGAGGUGGAGAUGGUGGAUGCUGUUGGGACACACAAUCCUGUGAGCUUUGCCUUUGAGGUGACCUCUGACUUUAUGCAUUACCAACAGGGUGUGUACACCAGCACUGAAUGUCACAACACCACCGACAAAGUGAACCAUGCAGUGCUAGCUGUUGGCUAUGGACAAGAGAAUGGUAUCCCUUACUGGAUAGUAAAGAACUCGUGGGGAUCAAGCUGGGGCAUGGAAGGGUAUUUCCGCAUUGAACGUGGGAAGAACAUGUGUGGACUCGCUGCCUGUGCAUCAUUCCCAGUGGUGUGAUUUUUUUACAUGUUUGCACAUUACAAAAGGAUCAAUAAGGAAGCCAAAUAUAUAUUUUUUUUAUUAUUGGUGCAGAGUGAUUUUUUUUAUUUUUAUUUAAUCAGCGGCUUGUGUUUCUACAAAUGUGUUUUUGCAAAAGGGACCCGGUCUUCACACCCACUAAAGCGCUAUGACAGGAGAGAUCCUGAUCGCUCCUUACACUAUGAAAUGAACCUAACUGAAAUGAUCACUUAGCUGAAAGUAAUUCAAACUGCUGUAAUGAAAUUUGCAAAUAAAGUCUGUUAAAUGUG